AUGUAUCCAGACUGGCCUGAGUCUACCUCCGACUUGGUACCGCUCCCGCACUGCGACGGUCCCAAGCUGGAGCCUUUUGACUUUCAGGGUCCCCAGAAGAUGGAAUUCCUCGAAUUCGUCUACGAAGAUGAUUGGCCAUCCCCCGUAAACAAAUGGGACUCGGACGAUAGAGAUGCUUUCACCCAUCUUGCAAACUACGCAGAGCCGUUCAACAGUGAAUGUCGGGCCUACGGCCGCCUCAGGGAAGCCGACUGCGAACACCUAGCCAACAGGUGCUUUGGCUAUCUUUUGCUGGAAGAGGAGAACGAACGGGCCAUGAUGAACAAGUUCAAGGACCACAGGAUCGACUUCAACGGCAACAUCUUGUUCCCUGGUGGCCUGGAUAUGCGAGGCCGGUUUCUAGGUAAAGAUGGGAGGCCACCACCAAUCCGGGGCAUCAUCAAGGAGUUCGGCCAGCCUGAGAAAGAGCUGAGCAUGAGAACUCUGCGCAGCAUUCUCAAGGACGUGAUCCAGAUGCAGCAGCUUGGUAUCAUCAGGCUGGACGUCGCUGAUAGACAGUUCAUCAACGGCAAGAUGGCCGACUUUAGCACCGCCAUCACGUUCCCGCACUUCAUCACCAGUCCCGAGCUGAACCCACACCUCACACCCGAGAUGGCGGCUGCCAUGGAACUGGAGACUCUUCUGUUCAGCCGCAAAGACUAUGAAGAAUUCGACCAGAUGGUGGGGAUGUGGAACUAUGAAAACCCCAGCCAUCAACGCUCCUUCUUCUCGCUCCCUGGGGGGGAUGACGGGUUGAAGUAUAAUCUGAGAAGUCUACCAUCUCGAAACAGGCUCUACUCGCUUGUUGAUCCAAGAUUGUACGACAGGAAGAGCAGUAGGGGGGGACUGGACGGGAAGGUCACCAAGGGGCGCCGACGGCCUUGCGCGAAACCCCCCAGAUGGUACUAUGACGGCAGCCUGGAUGCUGCCAAGGUAAUCAGCAACAUGAGGUUUGAAUUCCUGCACAAUUGGUACUACAAGGAUGGGUAUGCUUUCCCAAAAGAGGUAAAAUGGUGA